CUCAGAUUCCAAAUGAAAAUGUUUGAGAGCGUUGACUCCACAACCACAAGAUCUGGCCCUGAUCUUUGGGCUGAAAUCUGUUCCUGUCUGCCACAUCCUGACCAAGAGGAUGGUGCCAGCAAUGCCUUCUCAGACUCCUUUAUGGAUUCUUACCCUGUAGGCACAGGCCAGAGGGAAGCCCCACACUUUCCUGAGCAACCAGCUGUAAAGCCUUGGGCUCCCUUGCAGGAUUCAGAAGUGUAUUUAGCGUCUCUAGAAAAGAAACUGAGAAAAAUCAAAGGUUUAAAUCAGGAAGUGACUUCCAAGGACAUGCUUCGAACCCUGGCCCAAGCAAAGAAAGAAUGCUGGGAUCGGUUCCUCCAGGAGAAGUUAGCAUCGGAGUUUUUCGUGGGUGGACUUGAUUCUGAUGAGAGGUAAAUGGUUCCCACACCCUUGGAACAUUUCAAGAGGUGGCUCCAGCCAGAUAAAGUAGCCAUCAGUACAGAGGAGGUCCAGUAUCUGAUUCCUCCAGAGUCACAGGUGGAGAAGCCAUCGGCCGGGGAGGAGCCAGCAGCGGCGGAACAGUAAAUUACACACGCACCACGCCAAGCAGCUGUCUUGGGUCCGGAGGGAACAGCAGAGAGCUUGGCGUCAGCAGCAGCAAGGAGAAAUCUAGGGAGGGAAAAAGCCCAAGCCUUCCACUCUGCCAAGCGAGCAGCUGUGGGCCCCUGAGGACGUGCAGGGGUUGGCACAUGUGACUGGUUUGAGCAAAGUGACUGACCCAGUGAGUGCUGGAUCAAAAUACCGCCUCCCUCUCUGUCUCACAGCUUGCCUGAGCUCUGUUGCUGCAUGAGAGAAGUCUGCUAAGAAUCUAGUGAAGGACCAAGUAUGAAAGUAUUUGGAGAAAUGGAUGCCCUUGUAUAUAAUGUAUAAGUUAAAUGAGCCAUUUAUUUUCUUGCCUCUGGAUAUUCCUGCCUGUGUCCCAAGCAUUCCCUUGGUAAAUUGUGAGGGGUGCCUGGGGCCAAAGAAAGUGAAGUCUGCCUCCUUGAAUCCAGGCCACACUGGGGUUUCUUUAACAAGUCCAUAAUAAAUACAAGGACUUUAGGAAAGAA